UUUGUGUUAAUUAGAUGAUUACAUUGAUGUUUGACUAAACUCAUAAAUAACGAAUGUUUAAUUUAAUUGAUUCUGAAGGAAAAACGAGAACAGACUCGAUUUACGAUAGAAUCACUUUCCUUCCCUUUCUGUUAUGACAAUUAACGGAGUGCUCAAUCUGCAAUGGAGUAACAGUCCCUACUCUACUCUCUCUUCUAUUUUUCUCCUUUUCACUCUUGUUAACUCAAAUCCUUUUCAUUUUUUUGAAUCAAAAUCCAUCAUGUUUUGAUUAUUUUGGUGAAAGAUAAUUUGUAUGGCUUGAAAUCGCCAUCAGUGAUCCUCCUUUCUUUUUUCUAUCCUUAUUAUCUCUAGUAUUAUCAUCAUCAUCUUUAAUUUCAUCUUCAUCAUCAGCAUCAUCAACAAAUAUUUGCCAAUCAAUUUUGUUUUCACAAAUACAGUCAAUUUCAUUCCUUUUUCCACCAUGGGUCUUUUUUUCUCUCUCUCACUUUCUCUUCCUUUUUCACUUACCUUUCAGUGUGUGGGCUCUUGCCCUUAAAUUUUCAUUUAUUUUGUUGUUAAUCACUUUAUACUAAAAAAGAGAAUAAGUUUAUAGUCAUAAUAAUAGGUCUCUUUUUUCUGUCACCACCCGUUUAAUGUAUCAUCAUUGUAUAAACCAUCAUCAUGUCUUCAGCCAGUUCACCUGAGGUUAACAAAGAAGGAUUUAAUAAUAAUUUGACCAAUAACCAUAUCGUCAACAAAAUGUCAGCACAAGAGUCACAAAAUCAUUUCAUUAAAGGACUUCGCCACCAUCAGCAGUUACAAUCUUUGUCACAAACUCCAACUAUUAGUUUGGAAAAAAGGUUCACAGAGUUACAAACCCUUUUGUCAAUGGGACCGACACUUUUUGAUGGGAAAUCGAUCAAUUGUGAGCUUCUAUUUGACGUUCUCAUUGCUGUUUAUUAUGAGUGUCAGCGUUUAGUUGCAACUACUCGUAGUAAAGAACAGCAAAAAUUUUGUGAGUCAAUUAAACCCUUUCUUGAUAGACUGAAAGAGCUUCAACUCAAGGCGUCUGAUUUCGAGACAAUCAAAAUAAUUGGAAGAGGUGCCUUUGGUAAAGUUGCUUUAGUUCGAGGAAAAGAUGAUGGUAAUGUUUACGCAAUGAAAACUCUGAAUAAAUUAGAAAUGUUGAAAAGAGCAGAAACAGCUUGUUACCGGGAGGAAAGGGAUGUUUUGCUCCAUGGAUCGGAAGCCUGGUUCACAAAGCUUCAUUAUGCUUUCCAAGAUGAAACAAAUCUUUACUUAAUCAUGGAUUAUUACUGUGGCGGAGAUCUGCUCACCCUUUUAUCAAAAUAUGAUGAGAACUUUCCAGAGGAUAUGUCACGAUUUUACACUGCUCAGAUAGUCUUAGCUCUUUCCUAUCUACAUGAUAUGGGUUACAUUCAUCGUGAUGUUAAGCCUGAUAACAUUUUAAUAGAUUCACAUGGUCACAUCCGCUUAGCUGACUUCGGCUCAUGCACCAAAGUUUCACAAAUACGUAGCAAUGGUAAUUGUACAAUUGCUGUUGGUACACCAGAUUAUAUUUCACCUGAAAUCCUUAAAGCUAUGGAAGGUAACCGCAAUUCAGGUUUACUUUACUCUUUUGAGGUUGAUUGGUGGUCAUUAGGAGUGGUUAUAUUCGAGUCAUUGUAUGGUGAAACCCCAUUCUAUGCGGAAUCACUUAUUCAAACUUAUUCAAAUAUAAUGGAUCACAAACACUGUUUUAAAUUUCCAGUUAACGCGCAAGUAACUGAUGAAGCAAAAGAUCUCAUUUCUAACCUGAUCUGUGAUCAGAGUUACCGUUUCAAGCGAUUAGAACAGUUUAAAGCUCACUCUUGGUUUAAUGGAAUUGAGUGGGAUCGUCUCCGUGAAAUGAAACCACCUUACCAGCCUAAAGUAGCAGGCCCUGAAGAUACUUCAAAUUUCGAUAUUGACGAUUCAGCGCCACCGACAAAUAAUAAAUUUGAUAACUUAAUCGCCCCCACUACCAAAGAUUCUCUGCUUAAUGUUCAUCUUCCAUUUGUUGGAUUUACUUGUACUUUCAAUGCAAGUAAGAGUAGGUCACAAUCUGAACAAAAUGGAAGCAAAGUAACAUCUCCACGUAGUCCGAAAUCUAAUUAUGCCGUUUGUGUUGUGGAUGCAUCUGAUUCAACAAACUUGUCAAGUAAAAAUAUUGACACAAAUGCAUAUGCUAAACUCGAGAAUGAACUUUGGGUAGCUCGACAUGAAUGGAGUGAGUUAUCUGUUAAGUUAAAUGAGCUGAGGAAAGAAAAGAACUCCAUUUCUUCGCGACUUCGUGGUAAAGAAGAAGAACUGGACCAAAGUUUGGAAAAAAUAGCCGAAUUACGUCAGCAGCUAAGAAAUUCUGAGAGGAUCAAAAGACAACAGUUAGAGGACAUGAUAGUGAUUCAAAAUGAGCUUGAAAAGGAAAAGCAAUUACGUCAGGAAAUGCAAAUUGAAACAAAAGAAUCGGAAGCCAAGUUAGCUCAUUUGGAAAAACAACUGUCAAGUAUUGAAAACCAAGAACAAACUGGUGGAUCAAAUAUGUCUAAUGGCCCAAGUGAAAAAGAGAAAUACUAUCUUGCUCAAAUUGCAGAUUUAGAACAAGAAGUUCUUCGUCUUAAAGGUGAAUUAGAUGAGCGAAUAGCCUCUAUGGUGCAUCAGCAUCAUAUUGAAGAACUUGAACAACAGGUAUUGCAAUUACAACAACAACAACCUCAUUGGGAGAGGCAGAUAAGUGAAAUUAUUGAUUGGGUUGGAAAUGAAAAAGAAGCACGGAAUUAUUUACAACAAAUGGCUGCUACCAUGACUAAAGAAUUAGAAUUACUUAAACAUCAACAUCAACUACAACAAAUUCAGCAACAGAAUGCCAAUCAACGUGCCAUUGAAACAUCAAAUUCUAACAACGAUACUGGACACAGUUCAAGUGUUCAUGCAUAUGUUCCAAAGGAGCCAGUCAACUCUAAUUAUACAACAUGGCAAGAAAGGAGAUCAGCCAGAGUUGAUAAACAAGAGCUAUUGCAACUCCAGUUCGAAUUAGCUAAUGAAAUCGAAGACAAACAAAGAGUACAAGAAGAAUUGACUAAAGCGCAGAAAGAAAUUGCUCUGCUCAAUGGAGACUUAGCUGAGCUACGAAUAGAAGUUGCUAAACUUAAAAAUCAACAAACUAACAAACGAUUGAGCAAUGAUUCCUCCUCCAUGCUGUUCGGAUCUUCUGUCAAUUCCAGACGCAUUUCAGCUGGUAAAAUGAUGGAGGAAAUCGAAAUGCAACUUGGUAGAAUUGGAAUGAAUUCACCUAUUGGAGGUUCGGACACAAGCGACAUCGAGUCUGAAGAUGUUUCGCCCUCAUCAUCAGCUGACACUCGAUCAAGAUCUAAAGCUGGUUCAAUCGGGCCUCCAAUGAUGUUAUCACAAUCUAGUUUCCAAAGUAAACAACAACAUUCAUUCAUCGUGCGAACAUUUGUUGCUCCUUUAAAAUGUUUCCAUUGCACUUCUUUGAUGAUUGGUUUGAUUCGACAAGGUCUUAUUUGUGAAACUUGUGGAUUUGUUAGCCAUAUCGCUUGUGCUUCUCAAGGUAUUCAGUUGUGUCCCUGUGAUGACACAAGUCAAAGACCUCAAGGAAUUGACCCGUCAAGAGGAAUCGGUACAGCUUAUGAAGGCUAUGUUAAAAUACCCAAAGCUCGUGGUGGUGUUCGUAAAGGCUGGAUUAGAAUGUUUGUUGUAGUCUGUGAUUUCAAGCUUUUCCUCUACGAUCUGUACUGUAGUAGUGACAGUAAUUACCCUUCGGGUUCGCAUGGCAGUGGUUCUGGAUCUGGAGGAGAUGGGUCACAAAGUGGUCCAACAGUAACUCCACCAGUUUCAGUCAAUACAGUAAUAGACAUGAGGGAUGAAAGAUUCUGUAUAAGUGGUGUUCAAGAGAGCGAUGUUAUUCACGCAAAUAAAAAAGACAUACCGUGUAUAUUUAGGAUAACUACGUCAAUGGUUUCUAAUAAAGUUGAUCAAAAUUUUACACAGUUGAUGCUAACUGACAAAGAGAUCGAGAAAAAUAGAUGGAUUGAUGCUCUUCACGAAUUACAUCGAAUUAUCAGACGAAACAAACUCUGUAAUAGAAAUCCGCUCAAAGCUCAUACUGUCCUUAAUUCUUACCAAAUAUCUGCUCUUCGACAUCAUAAUGAUAUCAAUAGCUGUUGUGUCAUCGAUGAAACUCGACUUCUCAUUGGAUGUGACGAUUGUCUUCUUUGCUGUGACUUGGAUAUUUGUACUUGUCGUCGUUUAACCAAUUCUAAAAGAAUUGUUCAAUGUCAUUAUUCACCAAAUGACCAGUUGGUAAUUGUUUUGGCUGGUAAACAAAAACAUAUCAAACUAAUACCAAUUCGAGGCCUUGACAAUGAUGGAAUUGAAUGGAUUAAAAUACCUGAAACCAAAGGGGCAAAUCUUUUCGCAGUUGCCAAUCUUCCCACCACUACUUAUGUUUGUGUUGCCAUUAAAAAGACACUAUUAAUUUAUGAGAUUACCCGUAAAAGAGUCCGUUAUAACCUUUGGAAAGAAAUUCAAUUACCUCUAAUGAUACAAACCCUUUCAAUUGUGGACAACAUGGUUUCUAUUGGUACUAAAUCUAGUUUUGUUGUUUAUCAAAUUAAUAAUCGUGAACAACCUCCUUUAUAUUUGGUUAAUCAAGAAUGUCAAGAGCUGUCUUUCUUAAUUCAAAAUCCUAUUGAUGCUCUACUUUCAAGACAAAUCAAUCAAGAUGAAUGGAUUCUGGUUUUUGCUCCAUACGGAGUUUAUGUAGAUUCCUGUGGAAAGCGAACUCGAGCUAUUGAACUUCAAUUUCCAUCUCAACCUAACUAUGUUGCUACCCUGGAAACUGAAAUAAAUAACAAGAAUGUCCAAUUAUUGUUAGCUUUUGCCUCAACUCAUAUUAAUGUUUUCGAUCUUGAAACAACUGAAUGGAUUCAAACAAUCAACCUCAAAGCUACCAAACCUCUACAGCAACAUGGUAAAGGUUAUCUUCUUGGUCUCACAAAUGCCAAUGAUUUUCCAAUGCUUGUUCAAUUUGUUCCAACAAUGAAUGGUUCACAAUGGUUGCUACAAUCAAAAGGUGAUGAUAGUAAACCUUUCUUAGUCAGUGGGUCUACUGUGGCCCAGCGAAUUAUACAAACGGCUUCAGGAGUCACUAGUGAUUUACCCAAAAAGAACUCAAGAUUACCAAUCAGUGGGCCAUCUGACUUUAGCCAUAUAUCUCAUCUUGGACCUGGUGAAGGUCCUUUUAGUUCGAAAAUAAUUGACCUAACUUCAAGCAAUAUUGCCUCUAAUCAACCAAAAAGCAUGAUAAAUCGCGACAGUAGUGGACCUUCUCGUCGAGAUUCUACCUCUAGUAGCCAGUCAUCAGUCAGCCCAUAUAAAUUUUAGCAAUCUUUUUAUAAUUAUUGUACAUCUGGUUUAUUUAUUAAUUUCUUUUCAUUGAUUUGUACAUUACAAAUUUCUCAAAAAUACACAACUCAUCCUGUAAGCAAACAAAAGAGAAGUGGGCUGAUUAUCAAGACAAAUUACAAUAUUAAAUACUAAGAGAUUCGAAAAGAGGAGCAGAAAAUAUGAGUCAGGAUCAAAUCUAUCUUCAAUCCAGUUAAAACUCCGUUCAAUCAAUAAUUCUAAAAUUUAGACGGAGAAAGAUUUUAAGACAUUGUGAAAUCCUUUUAUUACUUCUAUAUCAUCUUUCCCGCCCUAAGUUUUCAAUCAAGCCUUCCAUCCUUUUUUCUCCAAUCAAGAAAAAGUGAUAUUAACUUAUUGAAAUCACCUCUAAAUGGCUUAUAAAGAACUCAAUUGCGCCUUAAAUAUCUUUUUUUCUGUUUAAUUUAAUCAGACCAUUUAUCAUUUUCCUUUGAUCGACUAAUGUUCAUAACUUUUGACUUUCAAUGAUUAGUGAAGUGAUUAUCAAUAAUAUCUAAAUUUAUCAAAUGUUUUCUGCUUUGGUUAAUAUUUUUUAUUGUAGAUUUUAGAACCGAUAUUAAAAUAGAAAAAAGCAGGUUUGA